GUUCCCACCCCUCCUCCCCAAUUGCCCCUCCGCUAUUCGGCCCCGCGCCGAGGGAAGAACAGCGCAAGAAAAACAAUAACAACAACAACUGCUGCUGUCAGUCCACAACAGAGGUCUCAUCAUCGUCCACGCUUACUGGAAAUCGAGUUUAGGCUUCUGAAAGAUUUUUUAGGCUUGCACCAGAUAAUUGUGCAUCUUCCGUGAAGCUUCAACAGCAGGUGAAUCUGAAAAUGGACGAUAUCGCAUCCAUCCCGACUCCCCCGCAUUGCACGGCGGACUUCUGCUUGAUUCCUAUUGGCACCUCGUCCCCAUCCGUGUCCGCCCAAAUCGCUGAUGUCCAACGCCUGGUCGAAAAAUCGGGCCUCAAGUUUGUCAUGCACUCCGCUGGGACAACCCUUGAGGGACCUUGGGACAAAGUUCAUCAGGUCAUUGGCCAAGCGCAUACGAUCCUGCACCAGCAGGGCAUCGUGAGGAUUCAGACGGAUAUUCGGGUGGGAUCAAGAACCGACAAGGAGCAGUCGUUUGAGGAUAAGGUGAACAAGGUCCGCUCCUUGCUUGGGAAGGAGUGAGCAUCGGUUGUAAAGGCAUUGGUGGUCGAGCUGAAUCUGAUUUACGACCGGCAAAUUGCCUGCACCUGCCGGGGCAUGGAAGAUACCGAUGGAUGGAUAAGGAAGGUAUUCUCAUAUAUAUAAGUACAAGGAAUGACAAGUCGUUAAGAUCC